CACACGCAUUCAUUUAUCGUGCGUCGUUUUUUUCGGUCACAUCCAUCCACCGGCCGGCGGACCACUUUUCGAUUUCGCGUAUCAUUAUAUUAUUAUAUUAUUAUAAUACGGUUCGUUGCUGUUGUUGUACGUCGUGCGCUUAAUAUAAUAUACUGCACCGCCGCUGUGUUGCACAAUAUUCUUACCGUCGUCGUCGUCGUGCGUAUCGUGAUUCACGUUAGAUUUUUAUUUUUAUUUUUUACGAUUAUCAUACACCGUUAGUAUAUUAUAAACCGCGCGAACUUUUCACUCGACUUUGCAGAAGACAAUACGCGUUUUAAUAGACACCUAUGGUCAUAUUAUAUAUAUAAAGUUUAAUAAAAAAACGCGCUUCAAUAUACCUACCGCCGCUGAAUCUGUCGACAGUAUAGCCGUAUAUUAUAUAGAAACAUAUUGUUACCAUGUAUGACCAGUCGAACGUUUCGUAGCCUGGAUCGGCUGAGUGGACAGACGGCGACCUAUAACCCAUAUAGCGUCGCUGCACUCGUCGCCGUCGCCGAACGGUGACUUUUUGAAAAUCUUCAGGUGUGCCAAACAUUCACCACGACGGCAUCGCCGGGUGCACAGAGCGGGACGACCAGCGAGGCUGAGGACUCGUCCAGGUCGUCGUUGGGCUCCACAAUGAUGUUGUCCCAGCAGCAGCAUCACCACCAUCACCACAACAUGCUGUCACCAAUGUUCAACUUUUUGGACGUGCCGUGCAGCAGCAGUCCACCUCUGGCUGCUCUGCACACCAUGACCGAGAUGAAGAACGGGUGCACGGCGGGCAACCCACACGGCAUCGAGCAGAUACUGUCGCGGCCACCGACUACCGGGGCAGCGGCCGCCAUCAGCCACCAGCAGCGGGCGUUCAACAGCGUGGCCGGAAUUGCGGCCGCCGGGAUGGCCGCGGCAGCGUCAUAUUUCCACAACGGUGGCGUCAAGCACCCGGCCACCACGCUGGCCGACCUCACCACCAGGAACCUGUACUGGCCGGGCUUCCAAGGUCUUGUCAAUAACCCGAUCGCCUGGAGAGACAGGCUGGCUAGUCUGAACAAUUCGAAUCAAGAGAAGGACGGCAAGAAGAAACACACGAGGCCCACGUUCAGCGGGCAACAGAUCUUCGCGCUCGAGAAGACUUUUGAGCAGACCAAGUACCUGGCGGGUCCGGAGCGGGCGAAACUGGCGUACGCACUAGGCAUGACCGAAUCUCAAGUGAAGGUGUGGUUCCAGAACCGGAGGACCAAGUGGCGGAAAAAGCACGCGGCCGAGAUGGCCACGGCCAAGAGGAAGCAAGAAGAGGCGGCCGACGAGAGCGACGAAGACGAAGACAUGCGUGACGACAGUGCGGCCAAACGGCUCAAAAGGGAAUUGGCCGCGCACUACGGAGGCGGUGGCGGCGGCGGUGGUGGAGGUGGCGGUGGCAUCGGUGGAAGUAUAUAGCAUCAGGCUUGGCCAGGCGUCGGUCACCCUGGCACCUUGGACCUGAAGACUCACGAAUAAACCCGUCGAGAUGCGAGUACUUGUAAGUACAUCGAUAACCACGCACGCUGUACAAUUCCGAUGAUGAUGAUGAUGAUGAUGAUGAUGAUAAAUAUUAUUAUUAUUUGUACAUUUCUUUACUUAUAAGUACACAAAUAUUUUAUACAUAACUUUAUUAUUAUAUAUAAAACAUACAAUUUAUGCCUAUCCAAAACGUCUAGUCAUCGCAUAAUUUUUUUUUAGGUAUUUGUGCAUAUUAUUGUUAUUAUAUAUAAAAAUUUAGAGAGCAAUAUGAUUACGGUAUAGGUAUCAUAAUAUUAUAACGAUAAUAUUAAGUAUGGCGCCGUGCCGCAUGUAUACUCUCCAUAGGUCCUCAUCAUGUAAUUAUUAUAAUAUAGAGGUAUAGCCGACAUUAUGUACAGGGUGUAUCGUGGUGGAUGGACCGUUUUACAUUUUUAUUAAUAGGUCAAAUCUUCACCAUACAUUCUGUAUAUAAUAAACGCGUAUACAAAGACGUAGUCCGCGGUGUGUGCGUUUUGUUCUUUUUGUUUAUUCGAUGUCCCUCCCCUACCUUAUCACCCUGCAAUUGUAUACUGUUGCCCGCCCACGCGUAUACAACGUUUCGACGACGAUCAUUAUUAUUAUUAUUAUUAAUAUUAUUAUUAUUAUUAUUAUUAUUAUUAUUAUUAUCUCAAUAAUUAAUAUAAUAUAUUAUGGCCUUUAUUAUAGCUUUUUUUGUGCGCCGAUCAUUACAAUAUUAGAUAAUACAACACUUACUUGGUAAUAUUGGUACAUAUUAUUAUUAUAAUGUACCUACAAGUAUGUAUCAUGUAUAUACAAAAUACUAAAAUAGGUAAAUACCUACGUUUUUACGGAUUUGUUUAUGGCUUGUAAUAUGUGUUGUAUAAUAAUAUGUCGGGAGUAAACGGUUUUAAUAUAAUAUAAUAUAAGAUAAUAUAAUAAUAACUUGUAAUUACAAUGUGAAUAUACUAUAUGAUAUUAUAUCUCCCUUUAAAUACGUUGUACAUACUAUAUUUAAUGAUUGUUAAUAAUAUUAUUUAUUUAGCGAAGGUACGUUUGGAUAAUCGUUUGCACUUAUACACACAUGUACGGUUAUACUUAAUUUACCACUAAACCUUAAGUUAAACAAAUCAUGUAAUCUUUAAACAAAAAUAAGUGAAAUGUUGAUUUAAAAAGACAUAAUAUUAUUAUAUA